AUGCCUCAUUUGACCCAGAUUGCUGCCAGAGAAUUAAAUAGUGGUAGUGAGUUUUCAACUUAUGUUACACCGAAGCUACUUAUAUCAGAAGGAGCACAGCAGACCACUGGUAUUAGAAUGGCAGAUAAUAAUGUUAUGUAUGUUUCCGGAACUAUAGUAGAAACUGUAAACAUUCAAUGUGCUGUUGAAAAUUUCAUAAAGUGGCUAAAAAAGUAUAACAUAGUAGUGUUGGUGGCACACAACGGGCGGAGGUUUGAUUUUUCAGUUCUUGUUGCUGCAGUUUCUAAUGUGAAUAAGUUGGAAGAAUUUUUAGCAAGUGUUGUAGGUUGUUUGGAUACAUUACCAUUGUUUCGUAAGACCUAUUCUGACAGAAGUAGUUACAAGCAGGGAGAUCUUGUACAGGACAUUCUCGGUAUACAGUAUAAUGCCCAUGACGCUCUUGAAGAUGUGCGCGCCUUAGUGAAAUUGUUCCAACAUUGUUGUGCCUUAGUAAAUGAUAUGAUAAAGUUCACUUUUUCUCUAAAUGCAGUGUAUCACCAAUGUUUGUCAUCGAAGGAAAAGGCAAAGAAUUUACCGUCAUUGUCAUGUCUUAUAGCAAGUAGUGUUUGUAAACUUCCUACAGCUGAAAAUAUCGCGUCUUCUGGGUUAAACCUGGAGCAUCUAAGGAAAAUCUUUAUACGUGAUGGUGAAGAUGGACUACACAGUACAUUCACGAUGAGAAACAGUGAAGGCCAACCACGUCGAAGCGGAACAAGCUAUGCACAACUAGGGAUCGUACUGAUCACUCCUGUAGAGAUUGGUCAAAAUCUUAGCAGCAGUUUGACCUGUGAAAGCCGGACGAUCUUGAAGCGGAGGGACGGACGACUGGACGGACAGAAGAAUGGCGAAGGCAAAAAUAAUAUGUCUCCCAAAGAUUAUGGGUCACGUAUAAAGCAGCCCAACCAUUCUAUGAAACACAAUAUGUCAUCACACAUUAAAUAUAGACAUAUUCGAGCAAAG